AUGUCCACCACCACGCGCCCUAAGAUCCCGCCCGUCGUGAUGGACAACAUCACGCAGCAGAUCGGCAACACGCCGCUUGUGCGUCUGAACAAGAUUCCCCAGUCUCUUGGGAUCGAGGCGACUGUGUAUGUCAAGGUCGAAGCCUUCAACGCCGGCGGUUCAGUCAAAGACCGCAUCGCCCUGCGCAUGAUUGAGGCUGCCGAGAAGUCCGGGCGUAUAAAGCCCGGCGAUACACUGAUCGAGCCCACAUCCGGCAACACUGGUAUUGGUCUCGCGCUUGUCGCAGCUGUCAAGGGCUAUAAGACCAUCAUCACUCUGCCCGAGAAGAUGAGCCCGGAGAAGGUUGCAGUCCUGAAGGCGCUGGGCGCUGAGAUCAUCCGCACACCCACCAGCGCCGCGUGGGACAGCCCAGAGAGCCACAUUGGCGUUGCGCGGAAGCUCGUCAAGGAGCUGCCCAACGCACACAUCCUCGACCAGUACUCGAACCCCGACAACCCGCUCGCCCACGAGUUUGGCACUGCUGAGGAGGUCUGGGAGCAGACCCAGGGCAAGGUCACGGCGCUCGUCGCCGGUGCCGGCACUGGUGGCACAAUCACUGGACUGGCGCGUGGUCUGAGGAAACACAACAAAGACGUCAAGAUCAUUGCUGCGGAUCCCCAGGGCAGCAUCCUUGCUCUGCCCGAGACGCUGAACCAGGAGCGCGUCAACGAGGCGUACAAGGUGGAGGGCAUUGGGUACGACUUCAUUCCCGAAGUUCUGGAGCAGCAGAUUGUCGACAAGUGGUACAAGACCGACGACCGCACAGCAUUCCAGUAUGCAAGGAGGCUGAUCUCUGAGGAGGGCAUCCUCUGUGGUGGUUCGUCAGGCAGUGCCAUGGACGCUGCUGUCAAGGCCAUCAAAGAGCUUGGCCUUGGGAAAGACGACGUCGUCGUUGUCAUUCUGCCCGAUAGCAUCAGGAGCUAUCUCAGCAAGUUCGUCGAUGACGACUGGCUUGCAGCCAACGACCUCCUCCCCGACACACCCCCCGAUACUCCCGAGGCUGCAAACGUCACCCGCCGUCUAUCCCUGAGCAAGAGCAACAAGAACGACGCCUUCCAUGGCGCCACCAUUGCCUCGCUCCGCCUCAGGCCCGUGACCACCGUUCCUGCCACCUCCCCUUGCAGCGAAGCCAUUGAGACCAUGCGCGAGAAGGGUUUCGAUCAACUCCCUGUCUCCACAUACUCCAGUGCUGGCAAGCAGAGGCUUGUUGGUCUCGUUACUCUGGGCAACUUGCUCUCUUACAUCGCCUCGGGACGCGCUAGUCCCAAGUCGAAGGUUGAGGAUGUCAUGUUUGACUUCCGCAAGCUUAACGAAGUCGUCAAGGACCUAGGCAGGCUGCAUCUAGAGGGUGAGGGCACCAAGGUCGGCAGCAGGAGGGAAUUCGUCGAGAUCACAAGGGACACAAAGCUCAGCGACUUGAACAAGUUCUUCGAGUGGAACAGCGCGGCAAUUGUCACGGAGAAGGUCGACGGAGAGACACGGGCCGCUGCCGUUGUCACCAAGGUCGAUCUUUUGACAUGGAUGGUGACGCAAAAGGGCGCCAACGGACACUAG